CAUCGUGCAGAAGAGAGACACGGAGAAGAUGUAYGCCAUGAARUACAUGAACAARCAGCAGUGCAUCGAGAGGGACGAGGUGAGAAACGUCUUCAGGGAGCUGGAGAUCCUGCAGGAGAUCGAGCACGUGUUCCUGGUGAACCUCUGGUAUUCCUUCCAGGACGAGGAGGACAUGUUCAUGGUGGUGGAUCUGCUCCUGGGGGGAGACCUUCGCUACCACCUGCAGCAGAACGUUCAAUUUACUGAGGAAACGGUCAAACUGUACAUCUGUGAGAUGGCUCUGGCUCUGGACUACCUGCGGGGUCAGCACAUCAUCCACAGAGAUGUAAAACCAGACAACAUCCUUCUUGAUGAGCAAGGUCAUGCCCAUUUAACAGAUUUUAAUAUUGCAACAAUCAUUAGGGACGGUGAAAGAGCGACUGCCCUGGCUGGAACAAAGCCAUACAUGGCCCCGGAGAUUUUCCACUCGUUCCUGAGCGGCGGSACGGGCUAUUCCUUCGAGGUGGACUGGUGGUCACUGGGAAUCAUGGCCUACGAGCUGCUGCGGGGCUGGAGACCCUAUGACAUCCACUCCAACAACCCCGUGGAGUCCCUGGUGCAGCUCUUCAGCACUGUCAGCGUGCAGUACUCCUCAGCCUGGUCCAAGGAAAUGAUUGCACUGCUCAGGAAGCUGCUGACAGUGAAUCCUGAGCACCGUUUCUCCUGCCUGGCCCACAUUCAGGCCUCAGCAUACCUGUCCAGCGUGGUGUGGGGUGACGUGUGYGAGAAGCGCGUGGAGCCCGGCUUUGUCCCCAACAAGGGCCGCCUGCACUGCGACCCCACCUUCGAGCUGGAGGAGAUGAUUCUGGAGUCCAGGCCCCUGCACAAGAAGAAGAAGAGGCUGGCGAAGAACAAAUCAAGGGAUAGCAGCAAGGACAGCUCGCAGUCUGAAAAUGACUAUCUACAGGAAUGCCUUGAAGCUAUCCAGCAGGACUUUGUCAUCUUCAACAGAGAGAGGCUAAAGCGGAGCCAGGAGCAGCCGGGGGACUCCGUGUCCGCCUCCGAGAGCACCGAGGAGGCUGAGCCUGAUCCCGAUCCCGAGCCUGAGCCUGAGCCAUCCACCCUGCACAUGUGCAGCUCGGUGUGCUCCUCGGGCAGCAGCUAAGCCUGGCCUGCCCGGGUGCCAUGCACUGUGCCCUCGGUGCAGAGCUGGAUCAGCCCGCAGUGCUGCCCUGCCCGGCUCGGGGUCCCAGCCCGGCCCGCUGCCCGCUGCUGGGGCAAGAUGGGACACUUGGCCAGGGAGACACUUGUUUAGUUCUGUUUGGUGUCAGGUUCUGAUCUGCAUGUCCCUGGUGCAGUGAGAGGGCAGGAGAAGCAGCCCCGAUCUCGGGUCCCACGGCAGAUGGUGAGGAGGGUCAGAGAGGGGGUGUGAGCUGGACCUUGGCAUUGCUGUCACCAG